AUAUUAAUAAGUUCAUGCAAACGUGGCUAAAAAUUCUUCCAAUGGCGUUCGCUCUUGCUCAUGAAUAUUACACGACAAGCCUUGACCGUAGUAGAGUUCGUGACUCGAGCGGCUGUGGGGACCUCAUGAACACGCGAACACAAUGGCGAAGAUGAAAGUGAAGUUUAAUGAUUAAUGCUAACGGAUAUAUAAGUGACAAACAGACAGUAAGUUCACGGAGUAAAAGUCACACAGGAUCCAGAAGACAUCAUGAUGUCUUUAAGGCGAUUGUUUACAACGUUAGGUGGACGCGGGAAGCACGAGUGUCAUACUGCAACACGUGCAACCUCAUGCAACUAUCAGCUGCUGCAAGACUACAUGGAGCUGAAGUAUGGUGGUGUUGUAAUGCACUUUGACUAUGUGUGGUUGAGAGAUCACUGCCGGUCAGCUUCAUGUUUCAACUCAAAAACCAACCAGCGUAACCUGGACACUGCUGGCAUUGAACUGAAUAUCAGACCUUCAAAGACCAGAGUGGAUGAAGAAACCCUCUUCCUAACAUGGCCAGACGGUCACAUUACACGCUACAACUUAGCAUGGCUGGCUCAGAACAGCUACGAGGGUCAGAAGAAAAGUGCCAUACAACCUCGUAUUCUGUGGAAUGCAAACAUCUACAGUGAUGCUAAAGUGCCCUCUGCUGGCUGGGAGAAAUUCAUGAGCUGUGAUGAGGAGCUCAAGAUUUUCCUGAAUAAUUUCCUGCUUUAUGGAAUUGCCUUUGUGGAAGAUGUGCCAGCGACCCUGGAGGCUACGGAGAUAGUCAGUCAAAGAGUGAGCCUUAUCAGGGAAACCAUGUAUGGACGGAUGUGGAAUUUCACCUCAGAUUUUUCACGUGGGGAUACAGCUUACACAAAGCUGGCAUUGGACCGCCACACCGAUACCUCAUAUUUUCAGGAACCCUGCGGCAUCCAGGUGUUUCAUUGUCUGAGACACGAGGGCACGGGCGGCAGGACUCUCCUGGUGGACGGUUUCCAUGCUGCCGACAGGGUUCUCCAGCAAACACCUGAGAACUUCCAGCUGCUCUCUCGUGUGCCGAUAAAACACGAGUACAUCGAGAACCUCAGUGACCAUCGCAACCACAUGAUCGGCAUUGGCCCGGUGCUCGAUGUUUAUCCAUGGAACAACGAGGUUUACAUGAUACGAUAUAACAACUAUGACCGUUCUGCCAUUAACACGGUCCCUCAUGAUGUGGUUCAGCGCUGGUACGUGGCUCACAGGCAUCUGACCACAGAACUGAGGAGAGCCGAGAAUGAACUGUGGGUCAAACUCAAACCAGGCAAGGUCUUAUUCAUCGAUAACUGGCGUGUGCUGCAUGGCAGAGAGUCUUUUACUGGUCUGCGGCAGUUAUGCGGGUGUUAUCUGACCAGGGAUGAUGUGUUGAACACCGCCCGCUCUCUGGGUCUCCAGGCUUGACUGCGCAAACAUCAACUACGAAUGUGUUUAUUUCUCAAGAACAGCAGGAGAGGAGACCACAGUUGGAAGCGACACAAUAUCACUUUUAGACUUUUGAUAAUGAAGUUUUCUUUUUGUAAAAAUUGGGGAUUUAAAAAAAAGGACAUGCUGUGACUUACAGGGAUGAUCGUACAGAUCUGGCAGCAAAUGAAGUGUUUGGUAUCGGUCUUUGUCAGUCACGUGUUUAUUAUGUGUGACGUCACCCAGCCUAUUCCUCAUUGCUGCCUCCAACCUCACACUUGUCUUGUUUAUGGUGCAUGUGCAUAUACCUGUAAACAAUUAAAAAUAUAUAAAUCUCUUAUAGCCCACAGAGAUUUCACCAAUGCCUGGCUACACUAGUGUAGGAAUAUCCGAUGCCGCUUUGUUCUGUCCGCUACAUGCCAUUCAUAGCUUUUCUUCCAAGUGGGAAACUUAUUUCUUAAAAGUGGGAUGAAAUCUUUCCUGGUGGCAAAGCUUUUGAAUGUUUUUUAUAAUGUGACUUAGUAUUACAACCUUUCAACACAACAAAACCGUACCAUUUUAUCUCAGAAAUACAGCAAAUGAAGACAAUUCUCCAAAUAUAUGAUUACACAUAUGCACCCACAAUGCACUUCGAAGUGUGAUGUCACCUGACCUGACAAAGACCAAUAUACUGCUCUGUUUAUGAUUCUUUAUUAUGUGUAGCUUUUUAACAUCUUGCAUUUGAAAAUCAUCUCAAAUGAUUGUUUGCACAACAAAUACCUCUUGCAAAUAAAUUCCUUGCAUUUGAUUUGACAUUUACAUAAUGGCUUUAUGAGACACAAGUCAAACCAAUGAAACCAAAAGAGAACACAAUUAUUCUUAUUGUCAUUUGAAAUGUGAAGAAGCAGAAGCGUAAAUGUAAAAAAAUGUUUGCUUUUCUAUUAAAUGGGUAUGAAUACUUCUGACAUUA